CAACUGGGCCUCCAGGUAGCCCUUCAGCCCCGCACGUAAACCCGCGAUGGAACCAUGGCACCCCGUUCGGCGAGGGAGCGCCGGGAGCGGCGUGGGCAAGGAGCACCAACGGACUACAGGGGCUGCAUUACUUGCUUCUUCAUGUGUAGCAUCGCUCUGUUGGCAUCCAUUGGUUCCUUCUACUUCUCCAGUGACGACCUGGAGCCGGUGAAGCAACGUCAGCGAUCAACUCCGCGGCCCAAAGUGGCUGCAGCGCCAGAGCCGGUGGCGAUGCCGGUGGAAACGAGCGCGAGCCCUCCCAGAACGCACGAAGCGACGACUCUUGCCACGACAGAAGUGACCACGAGCACUUCACCAGUGGAAGCGGUGCCGGAGCAGUGCAAGACAGUUGCCUUCCUGAGAAUUCAGAAGACUGCGUCCACCACCUUUGGACAAGAGAUUAUGUCCAAAAUGUGCGGCAAACAUCAUCAGCAAUGCUCCCAAGCUUGGGAGCACUGCAACUUUGGGAGGAAGAAAUGCUCAGUGGAACUCUACCAAUACCACUUGGAAUACAACAAUGCCAAGCAGUUUACCAAGGGACAGGGACGUGGCUGCAUUGUGACGAUUUUCCGGGAUCCGAUUGAACGGGUGAUGUCCGAGUACUUCAUGCUGAAACUGAAGCAUCGGCAAUUUCUGUCCUUUGACCAAUGGGAUGUACAUGAAGAUGACAUUCCUGAGAUAGAUGCCAUUCUGAGCAUGCCAGACAUCUCCGAGUCCUUCCAGAAAUAUUUGCAUCAUCCGCGAAAUCCAUCAAGAAAUCGGCAGACGCUCUAUCUCUUGGGUUUCCCACGUGUGGCCUGCAACUCCAGCCGUUGCGGAGGCAACGCCUGCAUUUGCGACGCCAAGCAACCGGGCUAUCCCGCGACCCUCUACGACUGGGAAGCGAAUGGGACGGCCUUGCUGGAAACUGCCAAGGCGCACUUGCGUUCCCUGGACGCCUUUGGCCUGGUGGAGUGCUUCAAUGAAUCUGUCCAGGUGAUUGCCAACACCUUGGGCUGGGACUUGACGAUGGCUCUGAGCCUAGCGCAGAACCAGGCGCUGCAUGUGUGGAAACCCACCAUGGAGAAGGCGCGGGCGAUUCGGAGCUCGUCCGGCGCCAGAUCCGCCGCCGCCGCGAGUUCGAGAAGCGCCGCAAGCGCCGCUCGGCGCUUGAGCUUCACCGGGCCGGGCCACAACUUCUGGCGCGAGUUCCUGCAGGAAGACGUGAAGAGGGAGAUCCAACAGGUGAACAGCUUGGAUGUGGAGCUGGUGAAGUUUGCGCGCGAGGAGUUUCGCCGGAAAUAUGGCAUGAAAUGCGAAGAGAUGCCAUAAAAA